UGACAGGUCGAAUUUAUCGGCAGCAAUUCAAGAGUUACGCCGACAAGCAUCAUCUACAAAACAAGCUACAUAAACACCUCCUCCUCUGCUCCUCUCUGCUCAAGCAAGAAAAAGAUGCCUGCUAUCGUCAUCGUUGGCGCUGGCGUCGCAGGACUCGACCUCUCCCUAUACCUGCAAAAACACCUCCAUCAACUUCCCGCCGAUUAUGAAAUCAUCGUCAUUGACAAGCGUGACUUCUACUUCCACCUCGUCGGCAGUCUACGCGGUCUCGUGGACACUCAAACUGCAGAGCAAGUCUGUAUUCCCUUCAACAAAUUAUUCACCUCGCCACAUUGUCGUGGUCGGAUGCGAUUGAUUCAUGGGACUGUGUCGAGUAUUGAACAGUCGCACGUCGUGUUGGAGUCGGGUGAGACAGUGGCGUUUAAGCAACUCGUCUUGGCGACGGGUUGUACCUGGCAGCAUGAACUCGAUGUACCCGAGACUCGUUCGGAAGCACUCGCUUUCCUUGCUGCGCAACAAGCACGGAUUCAAAAGGCACCGGAAGUGGUUGUGAUUGGUGGUGGUGCCGUUGGGAUUGAACUUGCCGGUGAGAUUGCAACAGUCUCUCGCAAGUCAGGUCUUCAGCAAUCAAUCACGUUGGUCCAUCGAACGGCGUCUGGAUUGUUGAGUGAGACGUAUCCGAUGAAGCUUCGACAAUCUCUCAAAUCACAACUUGAAUCACUCGGUGUCAAGGUACUCUUGGGGACUUCUGCAGAUCUCGAGCAAGUUGGAUCAGAAACAAAAGUGAAGGCGUUAUCAGGCGGUCAUCAAGUCUCACCAAAUGCUCUGGUUCUUGUGACGAUUGGCGGGAAGCCGAAUACAAGCUUACUCCAAACACUCGCACCGGAUGCCAUCGUCAAGGAUGGUCUGAAAAUCAAUCAACAUUUCCAAGUUGCUGGAUUUGACAACAUCUUUGCUGUGGGUGAUGCAGCGAGUAUUCCAAAGGAAAUGAAGCAAGCGGCCAAGAUCAGUCAAGGUCAUGUUCCUGUCCUGGGUGCAACACUCGUUUCACUCGCACUGGAGGGACAACCGGCAAAACCGUACAAGGGACAGAGUGAGUUGAUUAUUGUUACUGUUGGUCCUACGGGCGGUGCAGGGUGGUUGUUUGGGUUUAAUGUUGGUGGAUGGGUGAGUAAGAUGGCAAAGAGUAAGUCUCUCUUCAUCCCCCCAACACGAGCAAAGCUUGGCUACUAGAUGAUAGAAUUUGCUAUAAUGAAUGGAGGACUGUAAUCUAGCCUGCGCGUGCAU